GUUUCCGGCAUUAUAACGAAUCAGCGACGAAAGGUAUAAGAGUUAUUUGACAUCGCCAUUCCCACGUGUUCUCUUUCAUCCAGCGGCUGCGGCGCCCGCCCUGACCCCGACCCUCCGCCCCCAGACUCGACUGGCAGCGCAACCCCCCAGCCUCGUUCUGGUGUCGUGUGCGAGAGCCUGUGCUCAAGUAAGAAAUCGGGCCUCACUGGAAAAAACACUGAAGCAAAGGUUCGACAACUACUUUUCCAGAACAGAAAGGAAACUCAUGCAUCAGAAAAGGUGACUUAUAAACGUACCAAAAGAAUAUGGCUACACAAAUACCAGAAUCUGAUCAGAUAAAACAGUUUAAGGAAUUUCUUGGAACCUACAAUAAACUUACAGAAACCUGCUUUUUGGACUGUGUUAAAGACUUCACAACAAGAGAAGUAAAACCUGAAGAGAACACCUGUUCAGAACAUUGCUUACAGAAAUAUUUAAAAAUGACUCAGCGAAUAUCCAUGAGAUUUCAGGAAUAUCAUAUUCAGCAAAAUGAAGCCCUGGCUGCCAAAGCAGGACUCCUUGGUCAACCACGAUAAAGAAGUCCUGAUGGAUGGACUUUUGAUGAAAAGUGACAAAAGCUGUUGCACUGGAAAUGAGGAUUCACCUGAUAGAAUCCCCUGAAAGCAGCAUCUACCAUGUUAAGCCAUCUGUCAUAAACAGCAAAUGGAAACCACUGGAGAAACAUAAUUGCUAUUUACCGGAAAUAAUCAAAAUAGAAGGUCUUAUUGUUCAGUGAAAGUAGUGAGAUACAACACUUGUUGAGGCCUUAAGAUUCAGCAGCUUGGUCACUUGACUAGAAAAAAUAAACCAUUGUUUCUUUGACGUGACUGUUAAUUUUAAAGCAAAAUAUGUGUUCAAUCAUGUAUGAGAUAGAAAGAAAUUUUUAUUGCUAAAAGUGAAAUAAAUGGAAAUAUCACUGAA